AUGCCUGUUCACAUUUCUGUGCCUAAUUAUGCUGGUAUAAUUAAAUUAACUAUUUUUUUUCUUGCAGAUUUAUGCUCUUACCACUAUGAGGAACGGAAAAGGAAGCUUGCCGAAGAAGAGAAAGCCCGGGAAACUGCUCAGCAACAGUACUGGCCAGAGCAGGCGCGGCCGAUAAGCUAUACACAGCAAGAGAAUCCCCUGCCGCAACUGCAGCAAUCUUACGUGCAAACGGGUCACGAAGAAAUGUACAUGUAUUAUCAGCCACGGGACAUCAUAAUCAACGAUGCAAAUCCGGUGAUGGGAGGCGCCUUCUACGGAAACGAAACUAUGCCGGGUCCCAUGGCGAACGAUUCGGACCCGUAUUUAUCAUCGGUCCCGAGUGAUUUAGAACUAGGAUUCGAUGGACGCGAACUGAACGACCUGAUGGCCAAUUUUGGAGCCCCCGACGCUGAAAACACCGACCUCUUGAGAGACAAUAGUUUCUCAGAUGGUCUAAAAGAUGACGAUCUGUCGGUGGUAACGUAUGGUGGUGCUGCAAAUGACCAUGAAUGGGUCGAUGUACAGGCGUACCUCGAUUCCGAGGGUUUCAGUACAACCUCAUCUUGA